AUGGUUAAUCCUUUGGCAGUGCGUCUUCAGCUUCCCAGGUCCAUGAGGAUCCACCCAACAUUCCAUGUGGCCCGCCUUAAACCUGCUAAGGAGAGUUCUUUGAUCCCUGCCUCCAGACCCCCACCACCCCCGGGUUCAUCAACGGCGGGCCUGUGUACACCAUCGAGUGUCCUGGCAAAAAUGAAGAUCCAAAUUUUGGUGCUGGCCUUUGCUUUGGUGGCUGUGAUCACUGCAGCACCAGCAGCACCAGCCAAAAAGGCUGCUUCAGUAGACCCAGAUGAAAAGGCUCUGGACGAUGCUAUUGCCAAGAACAGCCCUGCAAUAGACAAGGCGCUCAAAGACGUCACUGACGACGAUGCGAUGUUGAGCAGCUUGGACAAAGAUGAUGUGGCCAGCAUGAUGACCUCCGCUGAUGCAGAUGAGGUGGCAAGCAACAUGACCUCCGCUGACGCAGAUGAUCUGGCGGCGGCCAGUGACACUGAUGAUGAUGGAGACUCUGACGAGGAAGCUGACGUAGCUGUGGCAGUGGCCAGUGACUCUGACGAUGAUGCAGACUCCGACGAGGAUGCUGACGUAGCUGUAGCAGCAGACAGCGACGAUGAUGCAGACUCCGACGAUGAUGCCGACGUAGCUGCAGCAGCAGACAGCGACUCUGACGAUGAUGCAGACUCCGACGACGAUGCUGAUGUAGCUGCAGCAGCAGACAGCGACUCUGACGAUGAUGCAGACUCCGACGAUGAUGCCGACGUAGCUGGAGCAGCAGACAGCGACUCUGACAAUGACUCUGACGAUGACUCAGACUCCGACGAUGAUGCCGACGUAGCUGCAGCAGCAGACAGCGACUCUGACAAUGACGCAGACUCCGACGAUGACGUUGAUGUAGCUGAGCUAGGAGACAGUGACGCUGAUGAUGACGCAGACUCCGUUGACGAUGCCGAUGUAGCUGAGGUGGCCGCAAGUGCUUAAUAAGCUAAGACGUGAGAUCCCUCAAAAAUUGUUUAAAAAUUUUUAUUUUUUGUAUAUAUACAUGUGUACGUGUUCUAUCUCUGCAGCUCUCCAACUUCACACCUGAUCUACAGGUACCACUGUCUUACAAUAAUGGUAUUACAUUUUGUUGCACUGUGUGUGUUAAACCAGUUGUCCUUCGGGGACAGAUAAAGUUGACAGGUGAUGUUGAUGUAAAAGCUUGUAAAAUAAAAUAAAAAGGUUUGUCUCAGUUUUCAAUAUCU